AUGGGGAAGAAGACCAACUGGAGUACGACUGAGGACCAGACCCUGUGCCGAGUAUGGCUGACCGCUAGUGAUCUGCAGCUACAGGGCGGGGACCAUAAGGCGUCCAACUUUUGGAAUAUGGUGCGCGAGCUAUUCCACCAGGAGAUGGAGACGGCGGUGGAGCGUCCACUCAACGGACUUAAGGUGCGCUGGACGCGCAUCAACCGCGACUCGCAGAAGUUCGCAGCAAUCUUCAGCGAAAUCCAGAGCAAGGGAUUAAAGCAAGCGGAGGAGAAUGGCGGUGAAUCUGGCGAUGCUGCCGCUGUGGCGCUGCUAACGGAGCAACAGUGGAUUGACGAGGCCAAGGACGCGUUUCACCGCUACUACAACACUAAAUUCUCCUUUGAGGGUUGCUGGAAGCAGUUACGCUACUCCACCAAGUGGCUGCAACUCUUCGCCGACUCAAGAAGCAAUCCCGUAGUGAUAGUGAACUCCAUGCCAACGUCGACAGUUGUGACGGAGGAGGUCAACGUUGCACAGACACCAUCCUCGACCGCCAGCGAGGAGGAGGAGAACACCACAACGGAUAAUGGUAGUGCUACAGCCCCAGCCCCUACUGCUGCUGUGCCAACUUCGUCGCCUCGCUCCAAUGAUACCUCACCUUCUUCCGUCGUUGCUGCAGCCGCCGUUGCUGCAGUAAGUCAGGCUUCAACAGAGGCAAACACUUUUGCUAUCCCUCUUAAUAAACGACGAGCAGAUGCGCUGGAAGCGUCCGCCCAGGUCCCGAGCCAGCAAUUGCAAGGUCUGACUGCCACGUUGAUCGAAGAGCUCAAGCGCCAGAAUGAUUUACUUGAAGAUCAGAACGCUAUUGCGUUGCUCAAGGUUAAUGGCGAGGCGGUCCCAGAGGAGGCCCGAGACUGCUACGAAUUGCUACGAACCCGCUACCUGAAGAAAGCACGCACCAACGACACAUAUAGCAGCAACGGAAGAACCAGCACCCUUGUGUAG